AAUUAUCCACGUCGUUUAUUCAAUGCAAGGAGGAUCAGACAGUGCUGCGAGGAUCUGUUACCCUAUUACACAGUCUCUGUAAUGAAGCUGCGUGGUCGACAAAGAAACCGUUCUCGCUUCGAUAUUAAAUCGGCGUUUGUUUGAGCAUCUCUGUGGGAUGGUUUUGUUUCACUGAUCUUUGGCACACAUGCGUGCGAUAUCGCGACAGAUGUAGGGACGUAAAGUAAGGUAACUACAUGCGCAGCAUCGAGGAAACGCUCGCGCCUAAGAGAGGCUUUUACAUGGUGAAACUCAGUUGCUAUCACCCAUCUGGGCUUUAAUGCAGUACGAGAAAGACUGAUUUUAAGUUACAUGGGGCUGUUUUCUUCUUUGCAUGCGGAUGAGAACAUCACCUAUUGCAAAAAGAGAACGUCCAAUUUGGAUCUUAUCUGGUCAACUAUUUAAGAUGUCACAAUAAGAAAGACUGAGGCAGGGAUUACAUGUUGAGGAAAUUGAUUUGCUCAGUGAGCUCAAACCAGAGCAGUCAGGCUCAUGAGUACCCAGACUGCCAAGAAGGGGUCAGUGAAGCCAGCCUGCUGGUGUCCCCUUUGGUGGUGGCCGGCAUUGUCAUCGGCCUGGUGCUCUUUCUCUCUUGUGUCACCAUCAUUGUGGGCAGUCUGCGCAAAGACAGCCGACUUCGCAACCCCCACCUGCGUGCAAGCUACGCUCCAGAUAGCCUCUCAUAUGGUGGCUCUAUUGGAGAGCUGAGGUCCACUUGCAUUGAGGACUUUCCCCCUCCAUUUGACUUUGAUUCCUAUAUGGAGACCCUGUCUCAUGUCAAUGUCAUGUACCCAGACUCCCCACCUCACUAUGAUGAAUGUGUCGGACCAGGGACCCAGCUGUAUGUUCCUACAGAUGAUCCACCUCCCUACUCCCUCACAGACCCGUGCCGGGGGGAGCUGACCUCAAACAACUAUAGAGAGAUGGAAGAUCUGCCUGCUGGUGCUUGCUGGGUAUCAACAAGCAGCUCUUCCCAUUAUCCAACCAGACUACAAGACUUAAGGCACCAGCCAGUCCCCUCUAUCUCUCUGUCAGCCUCACCUUUAGAGGAGGCUCCCCCAUACGAGGCAAUAGUGAGUGAACAAAACCAGCCCCUCCCCCUGAUGCCCCUGGAUCUGCUCAAACACACAAGAGAGGGCAGCAGUCACCAGGACACUGUUCCCCAUAGGAUCCUGUAAUCCCUGCCUCUUUGGCACACUCAUGUAUCACCUGUACCAAACCAGCUUUUAGAGGACUCCUUUUGCUUGCCUGCAGUCUCCUGCUUGAUAAGACUCAAUAGAAAAGCUGUGAACUCUGAGCUGAAAUAGACACCUGCAGAAUCCCACAAUUACCUCUUACGUCAUCAGACAGACACGGCUUUUAGACACUGCAUUAUUUGUUUCAUACAUCACAAAGGGAGCCACCAUGACAGCACAGGGCUAUCUACAACUUUGCAUUUAUGUGUAUCGUCUUGCUAAUAUUCUUCUGUAUCAUUAAGAUAUUUGUGAUCCUGGACCACUAAAACAGUAAAAAAAAUACAUAAUCUGAAAGCUGAUUAAAAAAAACAUUUCAUUGAUGUAUGGAUGUAACAAUAUUUGGCCAAAAUACAAUUAUUUGAAAAUCUGAACGUGCAAAAAAAUCAAAAUAAUGAGGAAAAUCGCCUUUAAAGUUAUCAAAAUCAAGUCAAAUGCAUCCACUCUAAAGAAUAAAGUUUUAAUAUGUUUAAUUUUCAAAAACUCUCCAUAGAAGAUAUUUUGACAUCUUUACAGUAAUUUUUGGUAUAAAAGAAAAAUAUAUGAUUUUGCCCCAUGCCAUGUAUUUUUGACUUUUGCUACAAAUAUAAAUAAAACAUAUUACACUUGGUUAUCUGUAAACAUGCACUGAGACUUGCACUCAAAUUCAUUAAAUCAGUUCCCAUCAGCUUAACAAAUAUACUGUGUUCUUAAUGGUUAAAAUCUAUUUAAGUAUAAUAUGACACAUUUCUUUUUAGUAUUAAAGAGUGUGUGCAUCCAUGAGGACAUUUCUUUUAAAUUGUUAUUACCUUUAUUUAUUUCUGUUUUCAGUUAUAGUUUGUUUUACUUUGUUGUAAUCAAAAACUUUUUCAAUAAUAUUUUGUAAAUUUCAUAAAAUAACCUGCAUAAAUGAGAAACUACAUGCAAUUUGAAUGUUAUUAUAAAAUCUGAAUGCUACUUCAUACAUUUUUCUUUACAUUAUAGCACACAGAUCACUGUGAAUUCUUUAUAUUUUUCUUUAUUGCUUUUUUGAAAUCUCCUGGCAAAGUUGAUUAUUAAUUAUUAGGAGAAUGUAUGUGAUAAGUUUGAUAUCCAUGUAUAUGACCAUACUUAAAACAAUAGUUAGAAAGGGCUAUAUAGUUGUAAUUUUGCCAAAGGAUAUAAACAAUAAUUUUACAUUAUUAUUCAAAACUGCAUCAAUGUUGUGUACAUUAUAAUACAAGAAAUAAGCCUGUUGAGUAGCUCCAUGGAAGAGUUACUGUAGCAGUGAUGUCAAUAAAAAACCACAAAGUUUUGUCAUAAAACCACAAAUUCAUAGUAUCACAUUUAUUGUAACACAAAGGCUUCCCUCCACAUGCAUGUUUCUGAUAUACAAUGUGCCUAUUAAUGUGCCAGGACUGUUAGAUUGCAUUACACUGAUCAAAUAAAUUUUCUUACCAUUAGUUUUUUUUCCUUUUCUUUUUUAGUACUGUGAUUGGGUUUGUCUUUUUAUAUCACAUAUAAAAUAUAUAUAGGUUUAUACAUUUAAAAAAAUAUAUAAAGUUUCCCAGAAAUAAAACUGCAUGGCACAACAUGGCCUCUCUCUUAAUACUUUACCACGCAAAAGUAUGUACUUAGAAAAAAGGGCCUAAAAGAGAUAUAUGAAUGAAUAUGAUGCACAAGUAGUGAACAACAUCUCAAAACUGAAAUUAAAAUUCAAUGUCCCUCUACUACUUUUUAUAUUCUAGUUCAAAUAGAUGUUGCACUUAGCUCCUUAGCAUAUUAAUACAAUAAUGGGACCUUUGAAGUAGCAUUAUAUGUUAUUUUUGUAAAUGUCUAUCAUCUCCACCUGUUAACAUAUUUCUAUAAAGGCAGGAGUUGUGGUCAAUGCCUUAGACAAAGCUGGUGGUUUAAAAUUUCGAUCCUAUAUCAAAACUAAAGGUGUAUUAGCUGUUGUCACUUCGCUGUUUGCUAUUGUGUCUGUACAGCCAUCAUUUUAACUCAUCUGGUACAUCAUAUUUGUUAGCACAAUACUGUAGCAAUUCUAUGUGCAUCAUAAUGUAACUUUUUAGGGGUAAUGGAACUGUAAUAGUAAUCUUUCUAAACUAGCUUGUGUGCUACACAAUUUCACAGUUUCUUUAGACCAAAUUAUGUGCAAAUGUAUUUAAGUCAUGCUAUAUAGAAAUUGGUUAUUUGGUUAAGCACCUUUGCAUUAAACCCCAUUAUAAAGCUUGAGUUUUAUGUAAUACAUCUGCAUCUCAGUUGUGUUAUUUCUUUGUCCCAAUGUUGUACCCAGCUUUUGAAAGUAAUCAUGCUGUUUCAUAAAACUGCAGAUGUUGAUGUUGGUUUUGUAUUAGUUUAUUCCUUUAGGUAUUUUCUGAAAGAAAUAAAA